GCCUUCCUAAGCAAGAGCUUUCCUUUAAAUAAAUGCAGCCUAAGCAACUUUUCUACAAAAUGGAUUAUGGUGAGACUGCACAUUUCUUUGUCAGAUGAAACAACAGUUGUAUAUAUGUAUGGCGGAUAUCCCCGAGAAGGCAAACUGCAGUAAGCUGGGAGGCUGUGGCAUCCUGGGAGUUGGCAUCUGGUUGGCAGUAACACAAGGGAAUUUUGCAACCCUCUCUGCUUCUUUCCCAUCACUUUCGGCAGCAAACCUGUUUAUCAUCACAGGCACCGUCAUCAUGAUCGUUGGGUUCCUGGGAUGCAUUGGCGCUAUUAAAGAAAACAAGUGCCUGCUGCUAAGUUUCUUCAUCCUGCUGAUCGUCAUAUUUCUAAUGGAGCUUAUUGCCACAAUUCUGUUCUUUGCCUACACAGAUCAGAUUGACACAUAUGCCCAGCGUGAUCUAAAGAAAGGUCUUUUCUUAUAUGGAGCAGAAGGCAACAUUGGACUGACUAAUGCGUGGAGUAUUAUACAGACAGAUUUCAGAUGUUGUGGUGUUUCAAAUUAUACAGACUGGUUUGAAGUAUACAAUACAACACAAGUUCCUGACUCCUGCUGCCUGGAAUACAGCGAGAACUGUGGGCUUCACUCUCCUGGCACUUGGUGGAAAGCUCCUUGCUAUGACAGGGUCAAGACAUGGCUUCAAGAAAAUAUGAUUUCUGUUGGAAUCGUUGGACUUUGUACAGUGAUAGUUCAGAUUCUUGGACUCACGUUUGCGAUGACACUGUACUGCCAGGUGGUAAAAGCAGAUACAUUUUAUGCAUAAACUGUAUUCAGCAUGCAGCAGUUCACUGCUUUCUUUGAUGAACAUCAGAAGCCAGAUUGUCUCCUCAGUUUCGUGUAUCUUCUCUUUGUUUUCAGAAAACAGACUGCAUUUGCUAUAUGUGAGAACAUGGAACCUGGACCAGUGAACCACAUAUUGCUUAUUCAGAGGACAGAACCUCAUAGAAUGAUUUGUGGUUAAGCAUGCAAACCAGUGUAGGCAUGAAAGUGUAUUAUAUAAAACAGUGACACUAAAAGAAUGCGAGAGAGAGAUGGUUUGGGUACCUAUAUCUGACAACUUAACAGCUCACAGUAAAAUCUGGUCUUAAAAUAUUUCUGUAACAGUAAGGAUUCAAUACAGCAGUUCUGGAGGUUGCUUUUUAGGUGACAUCCUUGAUAUGAGCAGUAUUUGUUAUGCCAUUAACCAUUUCAUAGCUAAAUUAUCUUAGAAGAGAAGAAAUGAUUUUAUUGGCUAUGCUAUGACAUUACUUGUCUGCUCAUUCAACUUAGUAAGUAAAAUUAUUAGUACAAUGCUACAGUGAAACAUAACUAGCAAAUAAUGACUUCCUUUUUAUAGGCCAUGUGAUGGCUGACAUGAAUGUCUCUAAGAUGUCCACUGCUGGUUUACAGAAUUAAGUGGUACAUUGCCCUAAAAUGUUACUGAACAAAAUGUAUCACAAAACCUUAUUCAUAUUAUAAAUGUAAGUAAGAUCUGCGUUUUCUUUUGGCAAGCCACUCAUCUCUAAAGUUCCUCAUUAGAUUAUAGUUACCACUAAGGUCUGCUGCCAGUGUAUAAUGACUCGCAUCUUAAAUUCACACAUUUAUUAAUUUGCAAAUGUCACUGUCAAAGAACUGUGUGCUUUUCACAAUAUUAGAAAAAUUUUAAAGUGGCAUCCUGAGCUAAGCAAAGUGGAUUAGUUAUGGUCAGUUUCAAUUUGGAAAACGUAAGACAAAACAGUCUUCAAAAAUAGUGUGGGGGGCUAGCUUUCUUGUGAACAAAAUGAAUAUUCUGCAUCACCUAGUGUGCAAAACAUAACAAAAAAUAAUUCAGUAAAAUCUUGUUACUUAUUCAUGUCAUGGGACUAAUCUGCAGCCUAUCUGUAUAUAUGAAGUUGCAUUACAGAAUGUCUCCUUGUCAUACCAAAAGUAAAAUAUGUUCAAAAGUCAUUAGUCCAACAAAGUGACAAUUAUGCAAGUAUAAACUUCAGAAGGAUCUUUUGAACUCUGUAUAUAAUCAUUUAAAAUAUUAUUGAACAUUUAUCAGGAACUGCAAUGAAUAUUUUUCACUCAGAGUACUGCACAUUCCAUAACUAUAAAAGCCAUUAAUUAUUACUUUAAGAAGAUUUUCCGGUGCUGUAUGGCAGAAUAACAUUAUAACAUGGAAACCAGUAUGACAGUUACACUUGAAAUGAAGUAAAGGAGGUGUAUAAUAACAUAAA